GGAGCCUUUUGGGGUUUAUUCUCUUCCCUUCUAACUUGGUGAGUUGGUUUUAUGAUUUUACAUGUUUAAAAGUUUGAUGGUGGGGUGUGGGUUUUUUUUUUUUAAUCUGUGUUGGGAGCUUUUUUUUUGAGGGGGGUCGUUGGAGGGAGGAGGAGGAAACCACUUAACAGCUUAACAUUUUGGAGAGGUUAUUCCUAAUAAUCUUCUCUCUGACAGUUGGGAAUGGUCAGGGCCACCGGGAUGACGCGCUGUAGCCAGUGUGGGCAGCCUGGAGUUGCAUGUCGGUGGCCCCGGUACAGCUGGGGUCCGAAAACUACCUAAAGGCAGCUUUGGUCUCUGAGUGCCCCUGUCCCGGUUAGGGGCUCCGAGCCGUCGGGCGAGUCCCCGGCGCCGCGCUCGGCCCCCAGCAUGGAUUUUCCGCAUGAAGUUGCCUGCGCGUCACAAGAGCGAAAUGUCAGAGGUACCUUCCCCAGGCUCGCGCGCGCACGCAGGGCGGCCACGGAGGCAGCGCGAGGGAAAGUGGGGUUCCCGGUCUCCCCCUACCCGACAGACACACACCCGGGGCGGCCGACGGAAAGGCAGCGAUUUCCCUGCAGAGAGCAGGUUGUCAACCUUGACCGUCAGUCAGAGCUGUCAGCGGCUGACGGCUGGUCCCGCUCAACUUCCAAGGUUCCGCGGCUGCGGACCACAGGAAAGCGCCCGUGUAGCGGAGCCGUUCUAUAACCGGGGAGGAUGGUUUUGCCGAGGAAAUGGGUUAUUUCCUUCUUUUUUUUUUUUUUCCCUUGCUUCUUUAAAAAAAACAAAAACAAAAACAAAAACCCACGACCUUCCCCCACCACCCCCAUCAGACAGGUGAUAGAAGUUUGUUAAGUGGCACGUUAAAUGAAUGUCACCAAACCAAGGGGCGCUAGUCUUAGGAAAAGCUCCCCGGAGCCAACUGGGGAAGAGCAAUUACAACUUGUCAACCUGGAAGCUGGUUUUGUUUGCAGUUAUAGACGUGCCAGCUCUUUCUUGAAGGAGAUGGUUUCUACCCUGGGAAUGAGAUUUCUGUUAUUAUUUUUUCGCAUCCUAGUCAAUGGAGGAUCUGGUUUGCAAAAAAAAAAAAAAAAAAUGACCAAGUGCUAUGCAGAAAUCGCUAAGUGCUGCAUCUCCUCUUGUCCCAAGCACCAGUAGGUGGCAUUUGGGGGGCCCAUAUGACAUCCUGCCCGGUGAAUAUAGAAAUACCUCUUCUCAUAAUUAAGGGAAGAGUGUCCAAGAUAGAAAGUUACAGUAUGUAAAUAAACAACGCAGCCAAGUGGAAAAGCUCCUUCUGUCUUAAUGAGUACCACUAACCCGGAGUUUUCCUCUGUGGUUUCCCAAAAAGGAUGUUCCUCAGUGGAACUCCUGAGCAGGACACUUAAAUUAGGGGCUCAGGUUUCAACAUUAGGAUCUUGUAAAAAUGGGUGAAAUGCCUCUAUCGAAUGAUUCAAAGCUGCUGAGGGCCGCUAUCCAGGUUAGGUUUUUGGGAGGGGGGGUUUGUUUGCUUGUUUGUUUGUUUUUUGGAAAGAGAGAAUUGAAAUGAACUUCACCUAAAUACAGACUGGUUUUGACAACUCUGGCUGGAAACAGCUUGUCGGAAGCUGUUCUCCAGGCUACGCCUUUAAGAAGAAUGGAGAUUGGCAGUGCGUUGGCUGAGGCUUUGCUUACAGCCGAAGCCAUCACCACUUCCAUCCAAAGCCUGCAUUUUGAACUUUGCUCUGAACUGACCCUAGAGUAACACUCGGAUGGUCUCUAAUAGCCCGAUAUUUUGCAUUCUUCAUGCCUCCAGGGCAAAGUUUUUCUCAACAAAUCAAAUCACAGUGAAAUUCCCAGAUUAGAGCAAAUUUCCAAGCCUUGGCCGAAUAUUCAUUUAUUUAAGAUUAGACAACCAAAUGCUCAUAGGAAAUAUUCCAAACUGCCCAGUGUAUUGUCAUUACGUUUCCUUUGGGAGAUCAUUAAGGUGAAGUCUGCCAGGAACCCCUGUUCAGAAUCACAGCAUUUUACCCUCAAGACCACGGAAUUUCAACCCUGCAUUUACAGAAGACGACAUUGAGGAAUUCAGUCAUUUUCCCAAGAUCAUACAGCCAGUUAAUGGCAACUAGAAAUUCAACAAAUAAUGCAUGAGGGCCUCACGAAGACAGACCUGUGGGCCUUUUGUCAAAGGCCUCACCAUGAAUUGAGAAGGAUGAAAGGGUACCUUAGAGCAAGUCAGAGUUCAAAGGCUACCAGAGAAAUGUAGAUUUUUUAGGGCAGGAAGAGAUUAACCCAGUCAGGUUCAACGCCCCUGCUCAUCCCUUGGUGACACUGAAAGUCAAGGAGCAGAGUGAUUCUUAUGAGGUCACAGGGGCACCCAGCUUACUUCACUAGCCCUGUCCCCACACCGUAAACCAAUAUCCCUUCCCAUGAGAUAAAUUCUCUUGCCUCCUAAAACCAAAAGAUAUUUCCAUGUUCUGGAAUUCAGAGCCUUCUAAGCCACAGGCCUUAGUUGCUUACUUUGUUUGCAGAGGCUGACGUCUGUUAAGUCAGCGGGCCUGCUGGAUGAAUGGAAAGUCCAGAGAAGGCUUUACUCUGCAAGCAGGGACUUCCUCAGUGGGUUCUGCCAGGCUAGAGCCGUGCGCUUCUUCAGGGGCGCCCCAAGACUCAUCCUGUGUUCAGUGAACUUUUAUUGAGCACGUACUAUAUCCCAAACACUCUUCCCAGCACUGGGUCUAGAAAGAGCAGCGGACUGCCCUGUGUACAAAGUGUUCUCAACUACAUGCUCUAGAAACCAGGUUAUUCUAUUAUUAUUCCGUACUGUGCUCUUCAAAGCUAAGCAUCCUAGGGCACAGGAUGCUUUAGGGUGAUGAAGGCACAAAUUUUGGAAUACCAAUGGAUUGGGCGGGGUCAUUUUUUCUUUAUGAUGUUCCCAGGAAUAACAAAAAAGCUGUCCUCCCAAAACCAAAGAAUGCAGGUGGAAGUUAUAUUUGCAUCUAGCUUCGGGGGACCAGCAUAGAUGGAAAGCAAAGUUUAAAAAAAGGGGGGGGGGGAAUUAAACACCCAGAAGGAGCUCAGAGAGUAAACAGAAGUAGAGUCAUCAGCCAGCCACCACCUCCUAGCCAGCUGUCAGAGAUCAGAUCUAACCAACGUCCAACCACUUUACACCCACGUCUGCAGGACCCAGCUGGCAUGUGCACUUGCCUCCUAGCUCCCAGUUCUCCUGGGGCCACCAGGUUUGGCCUGAGGAAUCAGGUGAUUGAGAACUCAGUGCCCAAUACAAACAUAUCAGCUGCCAAAGCUGGGUGGAGCUUUAAGGAUUCCCAAGGCCAGCCUCCCACUUUGACUUGGGAGGCCCUCAGGUCCAGAGAGGUGCAGUGACUUUCUCCAGGUCACACAGCGACGUGGUGAAAGCGUUCUCACAGACCUUCUUACACACGGAGGUCAAGAGAGCAUUUCUCAGCCCUUAGGUGGAGUUGAUUGGAGGAGGCAUUAUGGAGUAGGGGGAUUUGAUGGAGCAGGGCCUCGCAGGUGCCCGCUGAAGCGGGGUCUUCAGCCUGGGGAAUGGGCCUGGCUCCAGGCAAGGGGGUUGGAGACCAGAAGGCAGGGAGAAGUCCAAGUUGGCCUCGGCAGGCGAGUCAAGUCCUAGAACUGGAAGAAAUAAGGCUGCAGAGAUCAGGGGGUGGUGGUGCAGAGGUUCAGUUAGGAAGGACAGGAAAGUCGGGAUUUUAUCCCCAAGAAAGAGGAAAAGCCGCUGCAAAAGUCUGAGCAGAAAAAUGUCAUGAUGAUGCAGCCUUUCAAAAAGAUGACUUGUACCCACAUGCAGACCCUGUUAGGAGACCAGUAAAGGAGUCCUGGGCUUCGAAAGUCAAAGCUCAGAGGCUCCGCCUGAUCUUGGGGGAUGAGCUGGGCUGGCGAAGGCAGAGGACCUGAGCCGUGGGCUCACCAGCGCCCCUCUCCCUCCUGCCCUCCUAGCCCCCCUCCCUAGAGAUGAACACAAUUCUAAAGCCAGCACAGGCACCUACUCUUUUUUUUUUUUUUUUUCCUGGUCCAUCUUGAGCCCAGGACAGUGGUCACUCCUUGGCCCCAGCUGCCUCAUCUGCGGAGUGAAACUUUCAAAGUCUGAUGAAGGAGGGGUCUUGUGAAAACCUCAGUUGCUGGAGGUUUAGAUCAACUGCUUUCCCUGCCGGGAACACGAAUGACAAACUGUUCUGUAGCUUUUAGCCUACAUCCUGAGCCACUUAACUGCCCUUCCCACCUUUUUCCUCUGCUCCCAGGAAUGACGCAUUGACACACAGCAAAACGCACAGGCCUUUGCUGCAGGAGAGCAUAAGCUUCUUAAAGCAUCUUAUGCCCUAUUUUCUGCAACCAAAUGUCUAACAGCAAGAGGGUAAAAAGUGAGUAGAUAGUCCUCCCAACGUACUAGGCUCCUGUACCAAGGGUGCUGUCAUAUGAAACAAUAUGAAAUUAGGUCAGAUUUGCUGCUUUUUAAGAUUCUUCGAGCCAAUUCAGAAUAUUUGAUCCGAAUAUGAGAAACUAACGAGUCUACUAAAUUGAUGAGGCUUUUGUCCAUUGCCCUCCAUCAUCAAUAAAACCUGUCUUAGUACAUGAACACGACACCUUACAGCUAGGAUGCCCAUGCCUCCUGAAAAAUUCACCUGGAUACAACCGUAUAAUUGUAGAGAAUUCGUAAACUCAAGAUUAAGAAUGACCCAAAAGAAAUCACAGCUUUGUUCCAGAGCCAAUGUUUAUACUCAAGUGCCUGAUGGAGGAUGGGGCUGGGUAGUUGCAGUUUCUUUUUUCUUCGUGGAAGUUUUCACCUACGGAAUCAUCAAGUCAUUUGGUGUCUUCUUUAAUGACUUAAUGGACAGUUUUGAUGAGUCGAAUAGCAGGAUUUCAUGGAUAAUUUCAAUUUGUGUGUUUGUCUUAACAUUCACAGCUCCCCUCUCCACGGUCCUGAGCACCCGUUUUGGACACCGUCUGGUGGUGAUGGCCGGAGGGCUGCUGGUUAGCACAGGAAUGGUGACAGCUUCCUUUUCACAGAAAGUUUACCACAUGUACCUUGCCAUCGGCAUCAUCUCUGGUCUGGGAUACUGCUUUAGUUUUCUCCCAACUGUCACCAUACUGUCACAGUACUUUGACAAAAGACGCUCCGUGGUCACAGCUGUUGCUUCUACGGGAGAAUGUUUCGCUAUGUUUGCUUUUGCACCCGCCAUCACGGCCCUGAAGGAGACCAUCGGCUGGAGGUACAGCCUCCUCUUCGUGGGCCUCCUGCAGUUAAACAUCAUCGUCUGCGGCGCGAUGCUGAGACCCAUUGUCAUCAGCGGGCCGGGGACGCCCAAAGCCACCACCCACGAAAAUCGGAAAGAAGUGCAAUACAUGCUUGAGAACGAGAAAACGCGCACCUCCAUCGAUUCCAUUGACUCAGGAGUAGAACUCACUACCUCACCUAGAAACGUGCCUAGCCACCCGGGCGUGGAGCCGGAGCCCAAGGCCGACCUGCAGCAGAUCCUGGGCAAGCCCAGCUCCAAGCAGAGCGACCAGAAGCCCCCGCUGCUGGACUUCUCCGUCUUGAGAGAGAAGAGUUUUAUCUGUUAUGCGUUCUUCGGCCUCUUUGUCACCCUGGGAUUCUUUGCACCAUCCCUGUACAUCAUCCCCUUGGGCCUCAGCCUGGGCAUCGACCAGGACCGCUCGGCUUUUUUAUUAUCCACGAUGGCCAUCGCCGAGGUGUUUGGGAGGAUUGGCGCCGGCCUGGUCCUGAACAGAGAGCCCAUCCGUAAGAUCUACAUCGAACUCGUCUGCGUCAUCUUAUUGACUGUGUCUCUGUUUGCCUUUACCUUUGCGACGGACUUCUGGGGUCUCAUGUCCUGUAGCAUAUUUUUUGGUGCUAUGGUUGGGACGGUCGGGGGAACCCACAUUCCACUGCUCGCCGAAGAUGACGUCGUGGGAAUUGAGAAGAUGUCCUCAGCAGCCGGGGUCUACGUCUUCUUCCAGAGCGUAGCGGGACUGGCGGGACCACCCCUGGCAGGUCUGCUCGUGGACCAGAGCAAAAUCUACAGCCGCGCCUUCUAUUCCUGCGCGGCGGGGAUGUUCCUGGCCGCCCUGUGCCUGGCGCUUGUGAGACCCUGUAAGAGGGGGCUGUGCCAGCGUCCCCGCGCCCACGAAGGGAAGGCGGAGACUCAUCGCGGGAAAGCUUUACAAGACAUCCCCGAAGACUUUCUGGAAAUGGACCUGGGGAAGCACGAGCAUAAAGGUCAUCUGAAAACGGAGCCAGUAUGACCCUCUGGCUGGCGUACACAUCAGCCGCCCCCGGGGGCGCGGGAGGGGAGGGGGGGACCGGGGACCUGGCGGUGGAGGCUGACCACUCUACCCACUUUCCAAACUACACUUUCAAGGGAAUGUAUACGCGAACACCACUACCAACAUCCUUUUUUUUUUUUUUUUCCCUUUUA